GUUCCGAGCAGUUGCGCGCUGUUGCGCGCUCUCGGCCACUCGGCGUUGUGAUUUGUGAUUGUAGAUCACCGACUUGAGCAUUCGGAGGCGUUACAUCUGUCUUUUUUUCGCACGCGCCGACAGCUUGUCCUGUUCAUUCAUUUUAUCCAUUUUGCCUACCACUUACACACAACACACAUGUGCAUUUUGUUACUGAUCGUAUUAAACUCCGUAUAAAGAGGAGAUAAGAGCCAUAACUACAGAAGAAGAAGAAGAAAGACUGGCUGUAGUGAACUCUGUAUAAAGGAGGAGGUUUUAUCUUAUCAUACAAUACUGAAAAUCAUGGACGAUUUUGCCGAGAUAAUUGUAACACAGGCUACAGAUCCAAAAGUGGCAUUUGUGGCCGCUGCUGUCUUCGGUUAUUGUUUAUACAAACUUAUAACAAUGACAAAUAGAAAAAGUUCUCAGAAGAAUUCGUUUGCGGAAGAUUCUGACGAGACGGAUGAUGACGUAUACACAGAUAAAUACGAUGAUUACAAGUUGACCCUGGUAAUUAGAACAGACUUGAAAAUGGGAAAAGGAAAAGUAGCAGCUCAGUGCUCACAUGCCACUGUCGCAGCAUACAAAGAUGCUAUGAAGCAUCCAAACAUUCUAAAAGCAUGGGAAGAAUCUGGUCAAGCUAAAAUCACCCUUAAGGUGAACAGUGAGGCUGCUCUUACAAAGAUAGCAAAGCAAGCUACAGCUGCAGGUCUCUUUUCGAACGUUGUACAGGAUGCGGGACAUACACAAAUACCAGCGGGGAGUAAAACGGUAUGUGCGGUCGGGCCAGGUCCAGCAAACUUGGUAGAUCAAGUAACCGGUCAUUUAAAGUUAUUUUAAUUGCUUAUCAAAUAAAGACCGAAUUUUUUGAUACGUCCUUGAUUUUAUAAUUUUUAUUUUUAAUGACCCAAAAUAUCUCGUGUCUGCUAUUUAAAUUAUCAGUCUGUUGGUAAAUUUUUUUUUUAGAUAUGCAAA